AUUAUUAUUAUUAUUAAAGAAAAAAUAGAAUCAAUUAUUAGGAGCUGUUCUUCAAACACCCGUGGUUCCAAACCUUUUUGUUCUCGAAUCUCCGAAAUCUUCUUCUUCCUUUUUCAAUUUCCAGCUUAAUUUUCUCCUUAUCUUGUUCCUUCCAAUCCCAUAAAUAUUCCAUUUUUAUAAUUAGGUUUUUCUCUAUCCAUCUACCAAUACACAAAAUUCUCAAUUUUUUCUUCCGGGGUUGCAAAUUUUCGAUCCGUGUCUAUCGAAACUCAAUUAAAAAUUACUUGGUCGUUGUUUUUUCUAUAGAACAUAGGUGUGUAAGUGAUGUUUUUUGUGUUUCUGGUCGGAAUUCAUUGUCUGAGAAAAAACAAUGAAUUCUAAAUCGGUUUUGAGAAAAUAAUGUUGUAUUUGAAGCUACCUAAAGUUCAUAUGGGUUUGUUUUUUUGGAUUGUGAAUGUUUUACAUUGUGAUGAUUCUGAAUUUUGAUAAUUUGGUUCACUUUGUUGCAUGCUGUUUUGGUAGUUUCCCUUGAGCCAGAGGCUCGGGGGAUCUGAAGAAUAUUAUCAAGAACAUAGUUAUGGCUUCUUCAGACAAUUUUCAAUCUUCUCACUCUCCUCACUCUUCUUCUCUCUCUGGCGAAACAAUUCCUCCUCCUAAUCUCUGUAUGCAGAAAUUUCGGCUUUAUGAGACUCUAUCGAACUUUUACAUGAUAGGAAGAGACAAGAGCAGGACAUACUGGAGGGUACUAAAGAUUGACCGUCUAGAUCCUUCUGAGCUAAAUGUGCUUGAAGAUUCUGCCACAUAUACAGAAAGGGAAUGUUCUGAUCUUUUACGGCGGAUAAAUGAAGGGAACAAGUCCACUGGUGGACUGAAAUUUGUUACAACUUGUUAUGGAAUUGUUGGGUUCAUCAAAUUUUUGGGGCCUUACUACAUGCUACUUAUCACGAAAAGGAGGAAAAUUGGUUCAAUCUGUGGUCAUAUAGUUUAUGCUAUCUCAAAGACUGAGAUGAUUCCAUUGCCGAAUUCUUCAGUUCGUUCUAAUAUCAUUAAUUCAAAAAAUGAAAACAGGUAUAAGAAGCUUCUAUGCACAGUUGACCUUACGAAGGACUUCUUUUUCAGCUACUCAUACCACAUCAUGCGCAGUCUUCAAAGGAACAUGUGCGACCCUGAGACAGGCCAUGUCCUUUACGAGACCAUGUUUGUCUGGAAUGAAUACUUAACCCGAGGAAUUAGGAAUCAACUCCAGAAUACUUUUUGGACAGUUGCACUAGUUUAUGGCUUCUUUAAACAGGACACACUUGAGAUAUCUGGACGGGAGUUCAUACUGACACUCAUUGCGAGAAGAUCACGCCAUUAUGCUGGCACUAGGUAUUUAAGGCGAGGUGUUAACGAUAAGGGCAGAGUAGCAAAUGAUGUUGAGACAGAACAAAUAAUCUUUGAGGAUGUUCCAGAAGGUCUUCCCAUCCCGAUUAGCUCUGUCAUCCAGAAUCGUGGCUCGAUCCCUCUUUUCUGGUCACAGGAAACUUCACGUCUAAAUAUUAAACCAGAUAUUAUAGUGUCAAAGAAGGACCAGAAUUAUCAAGCUACUAGACUCCACUUUGAAAAUCUUGUCAAAAGAUACGGAAAUCCCAUUAUAAUUUUAAAUUUAAUAAAGACCCAGGAGAAGAAGCCUCGUGAGGCCAUUCUUCGUCAAGAGUUUGCUAAUGCCAUAGAGUUCAUCAACAAAGAUUUAUCUGAGGACAACAGGCUUAGGUUCCUUCAUUGGGAUCUACACAAACAUUUUCACAGCAAAGCUACAAAUGUAUUGCUGCUUCUAGGCAAAGUGGCUGCAUAUGCAUUGGCGUUAACAGGUUUUUUCUAUUGCCAAGCGUCAUCGACCUUGAGACCUGAAGACUGUCUAAAAUGGCCGCCUACAGAUGAUUCUGUUAAGGGAAGCUUUUCAGCUACUGUACACGCUGAAUAUGAUAACGAGGAUGCUAAUGAUUUAGAGAGGAAACCAAGCGAUGGAAUUAAUAUUUCCGAUGAAAAUCAUUCUGCCAAAUCACCCAGGUUGCAAAAGGGGGUGCUCAGGACCAACUGCAUAGACUGCUUGGAUCGCACAAAUGUUGCACAAUUUGCGUAUGGGUUGGCUGCUAUUGGCCACCAGCUUCACUCUCUGGGAAUUAUUCAGCACCCAAGUAUUGAUCUUGAUGAUCCUGUAGCUAAUGAUUUGAUGCAGUUUUAUGAGCGGAUGGGUGACACACUUGCACAUCAAUAUGGUGGUUCUGCUGCACACAACAAGAUAUUCUCUGCGAGGAGGGGCCAAUGGAAAGCUGCAACACAGUCUCAGGAGUUUUUUAGAACUCUGCAACGCUAUUACAGCAAUGCUUGGAUGGAUGCUGAGAAACAAGAUGCAAUCAAUGUAUUCCUGGGGCAUUUUCAACCACAACAGGGUAUGCCUGCUCUAUGGGAGUUGCGUUCAGAUCAGCACUACGGUACAGGGAGGCUCGGUGACGAUGAUACAAGGUCAUUUAUCAAAAGAUCUUUCUCAGAUGGAAACAUUCUUCGUGACAGUUCUACACCCAUGUCAGCUCCAAAUGCCAAGAACGAAAAAUUCUCUAACCCAGGUUUACCAGACCGAUCAGGAGAAGGGAGCAAGGCCUUUUGUGAGUCAUCACCCGAAAUAUCUACUACUGAGACUGAGAGUGACAUUUCAUUAUCAAGGUACACUCCCACAAUGCCUCGGAAACAGCUUUUUGUAGACAUGCAGAGAGAACGCUGUGCUGAGAGUCAUCAUAUUUACUAUUCUGAGCAAGGUGAUUCCUUCAGCUGCUCCAACUUUGUGGACCUGGAUUGGCUAUCUUCUUCAGCAAAUUCAUGUGAAGAAGAGCCAUACGAGAGGCCUAUUUCUACACGAUGCAGGUCAUCAAUUACCAACUCCCCAAUUGACGGGCUUUCUUCAGAAAAUGUUGUCAAUGGAGUUAUAGUCGGAGAAACAACUGCCUCCGCUAGUGAUUGGGCCAGCACCAGCAUAAAGGAGAGGGAUUCAACUGAACCAGAGAUAUCCUAUGGUGAUGCUCGGUCCAACAAACCAGAGGAAUUUCCUGAUACUUUUAUUGAAUGGGUGACUUUUGGACAGACACUUUGCCAUUGAGCUUUUGCAUAUCAUCCUUUGCACUGAGAUAUAUUAUUGACAUUUUUUUUAAAUUGACUUGGCCUUGGCUUGGUCUAAAGAUGCUGAUUUGAAGACUAGAGAGAGCUAAUAUUAAGGAACCGCGUAAAGGAAAUAAACAUGGAUUUGGGUAGACUUUUCUCCAUAUGACGACGAGAUGAUCAUAACCUAAGAAUCCUUCGACCAUUCUGGUAAUGUUGACAUGCAACAUUGAUUCUGUUGUUAAAAUCUCAAUCAAAUCCUAAGAACAUAGUGCAAAAUAGUGCAUAGUAAAUGGUUGUAAAAUUCUAGCUGUCGUUUCCUUUUUAUUGUUGUUUCCGUGGAGUUUACUUUUUUUAUUUUUCUUUGGCCAGUUAAAGAGUUUACAAUAGUUGCACCUUUUGUAAAUAUUGUUACUUAAUGGUGGGAUCUGCACUUUUGGAUUUGUAGAUAAAUUGAUUUUUCAAUAUGGUUUAUUGUGAUGCUCAAA